AUGGCGGGAAGAAUUACUCUUAUUAACUCGGUAUUGACUAGCUUGCCUAUCUUUUGGUUUUCGUUUUAUAAGGCACCGGCAUCGGUUUUGAAGUCCAUUGAUAAAAUUAGAAGCAGGUUUCUUUGGGGCGGAUCAGAAGAGAAAUCUAAAAUUCAUUGGAUUAAACGAGAUAAAGUGUGUAUGUCGAAGGAAGAUGGUGGGUUAGGAGUUAAAAGAAUAGAGGAAUUCAAUCUUGCUCUCUUGACCAAAUGGAAAUGGAGGAUUUUUGAAUAUCAUAAGUCUCUUUGGAAGGAUACCCUUAAAGCUAGAUAUGGUUCCAUAUAG